CCUCCUCCUCCUCCUCCUCCUCCUCCUCCGAGGCAGCCAUGGCCCCCGUGAGCUUGGCCCGGUGCUGCUUGGCGUUGCUGGCCCUGCUGCUCCUGGGCCCGGCCUCUCCGUCUCCUUCGCCGCCACCGGACCCCUUCGCCGCCCAGCUGGGGGGCCUCGCCCAAUGCCAGGCCCACUGCCAGGCCCAGGCCGCCCCCGGGCCUCAGGACGCCGUUCUAAAUGCUUGUUACCGGGGCUGCCGGCUGUUUUCCAUCUGUCAUUUUGUGGAUGCCACUGCCGAGCUGAAUGCAACCAGAGCAGAGUGUGAAUCAGCCUGCAUGGAAGCUUACAUGGGUGGAGAGGAACAAUUUGGUUGUAUGUUGGGAUGCAGGACACAGUUGCCAGUGACAGAAAGUAUGGAAGAAAAGGCCCAGGAUUCAAAACUUGGUUUGUCCUCUGUCUUUGACCUGGUAUCCAAUUUUUGCAACGAUAUUGUCAGCUCUGCACAGAGUUUCAUUUCCUCCACGUGGACUUUCUACCUUCAAGCAGAUGAUGGGAAAGUCAUGGUGUUCCAGGUGAGUUUUGUUCUUCGAGAGAAGCUGGAAAGACCUCUGGUUGAAGAGACAAAGAGCAAAGCCAAAAUCCAGGACCCCGCAGAGACCCAGACACCUCCAGAACAUGAUUUCCUCGGAUGUAUGUCCAAGCGUUCGGGGCUGCCUCGCUGGAUCCUAGCCGCUUGUCUCUUCCUCUCCAUCGUGGUGAUGCUCUGGCUGAGCUGUGCCAGUCUGGUGACCGCACUGGAUCAGCAUGUCAAGACCCAGGUAUGA